CCAAGUUUAGCAAACCGGAAGCGGUAAAAGUCACGGCGGAAGUUUAAACCUGUGCACCGAUAAAUCGAUUAGGUAGGUUCUAGAAGCCUUGUUUUUUCACUCGCGUCUACAGAGAUGUAUACGGAUUAAUUCGCCAUGCAGGGCGGGUGUUUAGUUCCAGCUCCUGCCCCAGGAAGUCCUGGCCAGUCCGUAUUAUUGGCUCCGGGUUCAGCGCUGAUGGACUCCGCCAUCCACCACUUCAUCAUCCGGAAGGAUUUCCACGCCGCGUUUGAGGCUUGUGAGAAGGGACUGGAGAUCGUAGCUAAAACUGAGGAGCAGGAACCAAACUGUCCCAGGCAAGGAGAGCUAAAGGCGUCGCUCUGCAUUGUUGGAAUCCAAGCUCUGGCUGAGUUAAACCAGUGGCGUGAUGUUCUGACUUGGGUUUUGCAGCAUUACGGAGAGUCAGAGCAAAUUCCUGCAAAGAUCAUGCAGAUGUGCAUCCUCCUGUACACCAAGGUGGAGGAGCAGGUGGAGGUUCGGGAGGCCACGCGAUCUUGGCUGCACCACUCCUCCAACAGGGGCCUGCCAGGUUACAGCAGUGUGGCUGAGCUGUACGUUCUGCACGUCCUCCUGCCUUUGGGACAAUUUUCAGAGGCCAAGGAGCUUCUGAGGGAUGAUGUAGGGCAGCUCGCCUUCACCAAGGACCAGAUGCAAACCGCUCUGAGCAUCCUCGAAGACCACGAGGCGAAAACGACCGAUCAAUCACAUCCAACCCCCAAAAACGUACCUGCAGAGGAGGAGAAAACGACAGAAGGCGCCGUGGCGCGGAGGUUAAACGCCGUCCUGAGGUUGUUGUACAGGGGACUCUCUUCGGCCGGCGUCACCGCCUGGUCGCGCAUCAUCCGCAGAACCGCCGCGCUGUUGGUCCUGCUGUACCUGCUGCUCAUACGCAUGGACCCAGCUUUGCCCUCUGCUUACGUGUGGAUCCUGCGGCUGUAUGGACUCUGGCAGCAGAUGUGGAAUGCCAUGUUUGGCCCGUACUACCGGGCUUCAUCCUGAAAAAGAUUCUUCAUCCUGAAACUAUUGUGCACAAUAAGAUGUAGCUAAACACGCGAUAACGAUGUCGAAAUUUGUUUAUGAUGUACUGUGUGUGUGUGUGUGUGUGUGUGUGUGUGUGUGUGAGAGAGAGGCUGCUUGUACUGAAAAGCUUGGCUGUUCCUCAUUUGUGUGCUCAUAAUUUUGAUGAUUGUUGAUUAUAUAUUCAUACAAUUUCUAUUCAUACA